AUGAAUCAACCAUCAAUCAUCCAAAGUUUCCAGGAACUUCACUUGUCAUUCAACCUCUCGGAGCUCAUUUUCCACGUGAGCAGCAGCGACGCCGUGCUGCUCUCGCUGCUGUUGGGCUCGCUGGGCAGCGCCAGCGGCCGAGCGGCCGAGGAGGAGCCGCCGGAGGCGCCGCGGCGGACGACGCUGGACGUGGUGGCCGCGGGGGUGUCGCUGCGACUGCUGCAUGCCAGUGCCAAGAGAGAGGCGUCUUUGAAGGUCCUGGCGAGAUUGGACAUUGGAGUGCAGGAAAUUCACAUGGUGAGUGAAGAAAAGGUGGAACUCUUGUUGUACAGCUUACAGCAUGUGUUGCUCUCGGACUACAAACAAGAGGUGACCCUCGUGAGAUUCUUCGGGGAGGAAAGUCAACAGUGCGCCAAACUCCGCUUGGGCAGCGGUGCAGGGCAUGCCCGAGAAGCUUCGGUGCUGUUGGGACAUUUGCAGAUCUUGGCACACUGGAAUCUCUGCAGCUCCCUGUUGGUGUCCCUGGUGCUUAUGAAGAGCGCCGUGGCGGGAGCGCAGGGCCGCCAGAUGGCCAGUUCCGCCUCGUCGUCGAGCCCAUCCUCUGGAAAUUCGCAGGGCGGAGCCAAAAAGAUGGUGCUGCGGGGUCGCUGGCAGCAGAUCAUGUUCUACGUGCCAACCUUUGGAGAAGGACUGGAGGAAAAGGGUGGCCUUUUACUGAGUUGCGGCCUACAGAUAGCUGGAGGUCCUGUGCAGAAAGGAUACUGGAAGGGCAAAGCACAGGUGUCACAGCUGUCGCUCAUGGCUGUGGAUUCCAUGGAAGCCACAGCAGCCAGGAGAGGGUGGGACUCUGACCGGUGA